AGCACGAGGAGGUGGAGGCGGCGGAGAAGUGAUGCUGGCGCUGGGGAUGGGGCAGCGGCAGCGGAGCAGCAGCAUCUGCGGGACCCAGGCUGCAGCGUCCCUGUGGCCCGAGGGCCAGCCGAGCGGCGGGAGACCACGCGCCCCACGGACCCGGUAGAGAUGCUUCAAGAACUGCUCCGUUCCGGGGAGGAGGGAUGGUGUGAGGACACUGACACUUUACCCUGAGGCGAGUGCAGAAGUUUUCAUUGUAAGGAGCCUGCAGUUUGCUAAGCAGCAGCUUCUCCUGGCAUGAGACACUGCAGAUCUCCUCACCAGACAGGCUGAGACUAUGCUCUGUGCCCUGCACCUGGAGUAAGAAGAAGAACAAGCAAGGUUGGUCCAACAGAGUUAAGAGGAAGAUUUACGAGGCAUGGAUUCUUGCAUCAGAUUUGGAGAAAAGUAGAGUGAAUACAGAGAUGCCAGACGGCCACUGAGACCCAUGGACAGUCCCGCACUCACGCUUCUCUGUCGAACUUUAAGAUUUACUAGUAAUAUGCUACCUUUGCCAAAUGAAAAGAAACUAAUGCCAAGAAGGCAUACUCUUCAAUAUUGGGAAUAGACGUGCUCUCAAGACAAUGGCUUCAAAGGUCUCCUGUUUAUACGUUUUGACAGUCGUGUGCUGGGCCAGCGCUCUCUGGUACUUGAGUGUAACUCGCCCUACUUCUUCCUACACUGGCUCCAAGCCAUUCAGCCAUCUAACAGUGGCCAGGAAAAACUUCACCUUUGGCAACAUAAGAACUCGACCCAUAAACCCCCAUUCUUUUGAAUUUCUUAUAAAUGAGCCCAACAAAUGUGAGAAAAACAUUCCUUUCCUCGUUAUCCUCAUCAGCACCACCCAUAAAGAAUUCGAUGCCCGGCAGGCGAUCCGAGAGACCUGGGGGGAUGAGAACAACUUUAAAGGGAUCAAGAUAGCCACUCUCUUCCUCCUGGGCAAGAACGCUGAUCCCGUUCUCAAUCAGAUGGUGGAGCAAGAGAGCCAGAUCUUUCACGACAUUAUCGUGGAGGACUUCAUUGAUUCCUACCAUAACCUAACCCUCAAAACUUUAAUGGGGAUGAGGUGGGUGGCCACUUUUUGUUCCAAAGCCAAGUAUGUCAUGAAAACAGACAGCGACAUUUUUGUCAACAUGGACAACCUUAUUUAUAAACUACUAAAACCCUCCACCAAGCCGAGAAGAAGGUAUUUUACUGGCUAUGUCAUCAAUGGAGGGCCAAUCCGAGACGUCCGCAGUAAGUGGUAUAUGCCCAGGGAUUUGUACCCUGACAGUAACUACCCACCCUUCUGCUCGGGGACUGGCUAUAUCUUUUCAGCUGAUGUGGCUGAACUCAUUUACAAGACCUCACUCCACACCAGGCUGCUUCACCUGGAAGAUGUAUACGUGGGACUGUGUCUUCGAAAGCUGGGCAUCCAUCCUUUCCAGAACAGUGGCUUCAAUCACUGGAAGAUGGCCUACAGUUUGUGUAGGUAUCGCCGGGUUAUCACCGUGCAUCAGAUCUCUCCAGAAGAAAUGCACAGAAUCUGGAAUGACAUGUCAAGCAAGAAACAUCUCAGAUGUUAGGAUUUUUACCAGUGUAAAUACGUUUCUUUUCUUUUUUUAAGAAAUGAGGCCUAGGGUGUAGGUGUUUUACAGGUGUCACCAGAGGAAACGAACUGGUGAAGGGGUUUUGUAAAAAGUGUUUUUCUUCCCACUCCCAGUUCCUUUCUUGGAUUGCCAAUUUACACGUGUUAAGCUCUGCUCAUAGAAAUAAUACAUGAGUUAAAAGGGCCAGAUUUCAUUCUCAGGUCCUGAAGUAUUGCAUUUAUCUCAAAAAGCAACUUCCUAACAACGGCUAGGAUUUACGUACUGUGCAUCUGAGAUAAAAAUCUGGUUCUGGGAAACUAGAACUCACGGUAAUGUCUUCAUAUCCUCUCUGCAAAAGUAAAUAAAGUAAAUAACACUUUUUCAAAAACAAUUCAGAAAUAAUGCACAGUCAGGGAGACACACUGGAUGUGAUUAUUAAUAUUGUGUGUGCUGUUACAUUGAAUUUUUACAUAUAUUGCCAUGUAAUGUGUACAGUAUUUGCAGUUCCACCAAGAAAUGAACUUAGUACUGGCAGGGAGGCUGCAGUUAAAUAAAUGGGAAUUUAAACUUGAGAAUUAAAUAUUCUGUAUAUUUGGAAGACAACUCUGCUUGCUCAUCCAAGGAUUAAACCUGGUCAGCGGGUAGAAUGUAUAUAAAAUGCUACUUAACAAAAUAAACAGGAGAAUUAUUUUUUUCCUGCUCUUUCAGAACAAACAUUACCUGGUGCCUCCAAGGAGAUUUUGCCAAAUGUAAUCUCACCUGCUUCCCUCCAUACAAUGUCACUAAAUACAUUUCACACUUUCUGGCUCAGGCAGGUACAUGUAUAGAAAUAAGUUGGUAGGAGGCCAGAAGGACAAUAUAUCACAUGGAGAAAAAUAUAAAUUUAUGUGUGCAUUACAAUUAACAAAAGCUUGGCACUGGUGUCAGAUGCCCCUUCCAUACGUUUGCAAAGCACGUGAGAAACUAUUUGAACAGGGAGCCAUGUUACUGAAGGAUUUAGCCCUGCUGUUGAUAGAUGUAAUCUCUCUAGCAUCUGAAACAUCCAAGUACCUCUAACAGCAACGCGGUUUGGGGGUGUUCUGCAAGCUCUGUGAUUGAGGUUUAUGGGAAGGAAGGCUGGGGAAGCUUGGGUUCAGGUUCUAUUGCUGCCAUCGUGUGGGUCACUUAAGCAGGCAUCCUCACUUUACUGUGCUUCAAUAUGCUCAUUUAUAAAACGGCUGGACAAAACACCUACCUCACAGGUGCUGUGAGAGAAAAUCACAUUUGCUAAGUAUUUUGGGAUCCUUAGUUUAAAAGGUGCUACAUAAUGCAAUGUAUCAUGCAUUAUGCUAAAUGCUAAAAUAAUUACAUAAUCACAAUGGUGGUCAUCACUAGUCGUAACAUCAUCUUAACAUAAUAUCUGCCAAAAUACAGAUCAGAUAUGAACUAUGAGUACACCUGAUUCUUCUAAGAUUUUGACUUUUCCUUCAGUAUGUUAGGUGUUUGGGGAAGUUUCAAUUUCUCUGUCAUUUCUUCUGGUUUCAAUGAAUAAGUUAUUCCUUCAGUGAAUUGCCUUGAUAUCCCAGGCUGCUGACAGGGAAGGCAGCUGCCUUUCUUUGGGGAGGAGCUUCUGGCUGGGGGUAUAUUACAGUCAUUGAAGCACGCGCUUUGCAAAAUGUAUCACAUCAACUUAGAUCUCAGGAAACAUUUGAUCUGAAUUCUCAGUAAAGAACUUUGAGGCCUGGUAGAGCUAGUCCACCUCUGGCAGAAGAAGAAUAGACACUCAGCAAACCCACACAUUGCACAUUUCUACCAUUCAUUAGAAAACUUCUGUUUGUUUUCACUCAAAGAAAGCUCCACAACUGAAAGAGUGUACCUUUUUUUUUUUUUAACCUGACCUUUGCAAGCCCCCCUAGGAGUUGAUAGCAAACAAGUAGGUGAAAUGUACAAAUGGAAGUCAUGGCUUAUUUCUUGAAAACACCAGAUCUCUUAUCUCCAGCCCAAGAGAACCCAAUAGGAGAUAGGCCUUUCCUUCCCUUAAUACAUCGUCAUCGCAAGUCAGCAGGACUGCUGAGUUAGAGUAGAAAAUAGCAUUAGGCAUCCUGGAGAAAGAUGCAUCAUCAUAAGGCGAGCCACCCUCCAACCCCCAACUCUCAACUGCUGUGUGUUCCAAUCGCUGGAAAAGUCUCAUGACUUUGAACUUGGUUUGCCUGUCAAUCGUGUAGUCGAAUCCAGGCUCAGUGUCGUACCAACAUCUUGCGUUUACCUUAUGCUCAGUCGAGCCACUUUCAGUGUCAAGGAAUUGCACAGUAUAAACUUCAUAUGUGUACAUCUGCGAGUCGUUGUAUAUGUCUGCGUGUGAGUAAAUUAUGAAUAGAGCCCUCAUCUUUAAAAGGGGCAAAAAUCAGAGAAUCGUGUCUUACAGAACUAUUUCCUAACUUUUUUAUGCUAGAUAGUACCCAUGUGACAAACAUGUAAAUAUUCGUCAAAGACCAUAUGUAUAUAUUUUUAAAGGCCUUUUUUUUUUCUUCUCCCCAGCUGUACGUAUUGCUAGAAUCGGCUUGUUAUGUACAUUUUCUUCUGCAUGGAGCUUGGUGAGGCAAGGCCACUUGUCUGGUGUUUCAAUAGCCUAAAGCAUGUUCGCCCUUCGUUUUUUGAAUGUUCCAAAAAUGUUUAAGUCAAGUGAUGAGGAAAACGCUCUAAUUUUCUACUUUUGUUAAUUUUAUGACACUGGCCAAAUGAUGAUUUGUUAAGCCAUUUUUUUAAUUUAUUAUCAUUUCUUUGACAUAAAAUAGUGUUUCAGAUAGGAUUUUACCAGGAGUCAUUCAGACAAUUUUUACAAAAACCGUCUGACUGUCCCUCCACCUGUUUUGUUCAUUAUGCAUUGGAUAACAAAAGGUAUCAAUACUUCGUGUCUAUACUCUUAAAUUUUCAUUUAAAGUUUUAUUUGGGGGGGAAAAAAAAGCUUUUUAUCUUUGGUGACUACUUUGCGUGGCUUUGUGUCUUCUUGUAUUGGAGCAAGUGCCAGUUUCAAUAUAUAUUAUUGUAUUUUUAAAUAACCAGAAUAAAAAAAUGAAGAUCAUUUUCAAUUUGGAAUAAAUUCAGAAGAACAAAACCCCUUUGCGUGAUAUGAUAUGGGGAAAAGAAACUCUUUACAGAGAAGCUAAAGAAGGAGUUUUUUCAAUCAAAUCUCUUCUAUCAAAAGACAAUGGAAUAUUUACAUAAAGCAUCUGGGAUUCAUUUUCUACCUUUCCUAAUAUGUGGGUUUAGGGGGGGGAUUGAUUAUGUCAUUUCUUCUGUAAAGGUGAAGAUAGUUUUUAUAAGCAACAGAGUAACUUGUGAAUGAAAGAAGUAAUUUACUAGAAACG